AUGGGCCGUUCCGCGAGGCUAGACGCCGAGAGCAAGAGAAAAAGAGAGAUGGCGAGAGAAGACGGAGGUUCCGGCGGCGCGACGGAGGAGCUGCUCGAGUCAUACGCUUACGAGUUAAGCCCAGGCCAGUUCAGUCAGUCGAGCUGCGGCGGAAGCGUAGCCGGUGCAAGUGAGAGAGCCCGGCGGGUGGCGGUCGAUCCGGCCUUUGAUCCGCCGUCUGCCUUUUCGUGGUCCAGCACGGAGGGCGAGGGCGGCGGCGGUGGCGGCGGCGGCGGCGGCGGUGGCGGCCGUUCUGUGACCGGCUCCGGUGGCGGUGGUGGAGGCGGCGGCGGCGGUCGUCGGGCACCGAGCCUACGGCUGGUGAACGGAAGGGCGACCACGGGGGUGAGUUUGCACACCAGCAGCACCGAAUCCGUGCGCUCUCCCCAUCACCAGCUCGGCCAGCAGAUCGGCAACAACAACAACUGCCACGCCGGUAACAACCCCGCCGCGAACAAUCAUCCACGGCUCAACAAAGAUGACAGCAUCAAGAUCAGCAUCGAGAACACCAACACGUGCACGGACAGUCUCGUCACUGCACUAGACGACGAGACCCUGCUCAUCACCGAUUUCCUGGGCGACACAGGUAACUGUUAA